AGUCCUUGAAGAAGAAAGCUUGUGUUUAAUACUGCUACAUUUUUAGCCUAUUGGGUAAGUUUAAGAUUUACAGAAUGUAUGCCAGACUAAUUUACACAUGAUGGCAACGUUUGCCCAGAAACAACCUGUUCACUAUGAGCAAAACCCUCCCCAACUCCUCCAGUCUUUCACUUCCCACGUAGUAUCCCUGUCACACUACGAGACAGACAUUAACAGGUGCGAGGUUGACAUUUUCAUAAAAGGAUCAAGGGGCAAGAAAAGCUCAUUUUGUUUUAGAAGUAGCCCAUAAAUAUGUUAUUAUCCAUUCCUUGUAAAUAAAAGGUGUUUGUACAUAAAAAGUGUAUAUAGUGUGCACAUAACUCUUAUUCUUGUCUUUCUAUUUCUUUUAUAUUUUUUAUUAUUCUACUCUAUUUUAAAUGAAUGUAUAUUUUCUAAUCUGUUCUAUCUUGUGCUGUUGUAAGUGAAUUUACCCAGAGUGGGAUCAUAAAUCUUAUCUUAUCACAGUCUUAAAGCUUAAUACAGGAUUUGUUUGAUCCAUUAUCAGCUGUUUACAAAUAAAAACCCCUUCAACAUACUUAUAAGCCUAUGACAGACUUACAGACUCAUGACACUGGAUAUAGGCUACUAGCAAAACAUUAUUUUUAGACCUAGCAAAAAAAACAUAAAGCAAAGGGAUUUACUUCAUGCUGCUGCAUUUCUUACAGUUUAAAUGUCCACAGGCUACAACUAAUUAGCCUAAACUAUUAUAAUAAUAAUAAUUAUUGUAUAUGCCAAAUGCAAGGGUUCAGCCCGUGUGAACAGAUGACAAAACAACCUCCUUACAUGUUGCAAAUGCUUCACAUGAAACACAGGAAGACCAGUUUUCUAUUUCAAGAUUACGCUGAGCUUGAGAACUCUACUCAAGGAACGCUCGCUUGAACUUGCUCAACAGAGCAGCGCUGAGUUGUGGUGAGAGGCCGAAGCAAAUUUAUCAAGAUAUUACAACAAUGGAUCCAGAAGAUUUGGCACGGUCAGAUGUGGACACUGAGAUGACAGUGUUGACACCUGAAGAUAUCAGUGAAGAAAACCCAGAAGACAGUGAUGAUGUGGAGAACCUUCGAAACAGUUUACGUGAGGCUGUCCACGAUGACAACGUCCGGCCUAAGAUGCAGUGCCUCAUGAUGGACUCUUCCUUCUCCAUGGUAACUAUGCAAGGCGAGGACAGCGGGAUCGCAUGGGAGACGACCCCUAGUCGCUGCACCACGCCAUGGGCAGCCGAAGCUGGAAACGCUGUGGAUCUUAGCUCUCUGGUUGCAGGACGGCCUGCGACACCUGGGUCUGUUCCUGCAGGAAAGAUCAUCUUUGUCAUGGAUGAGGAGCUGAUUUCAAGACGGAAGAAAACUAAAGAGAGGGUAAGCAGUCAGAAGAGCAGAGCAGACAGACAACGAGAAGUUCUUGUAGGAAGUUCUGAAAACAUCUCAGGAAGGCCGGAGUUAGUAGGAUUCUCACAGCCGAAUGUGAAAACCGAAGGAGAAGGAGACGAAGAGGAAGCAAAUGAUCCUCUGGAAGAUAAAGAGCAACAGCUUUUCAGAUUAGUGUCUGAAGGCUCUGAAAUCCUCAACAUUGUUGUUCCUCCAAAACUGGCUACUGUGGAUGAAGAGGAGAGCAAAGAAAUGGUGGACAACCUUUCUUAUCUGGAGGACAGCCUUGUUCCUAAAGCCUCUGAAGACUCUCAUGAUUACGAGCUGGUUACAGGAGCAGUAGGAGGUUAUCAGGUCAAGUCCUCACCUGCAACAGGUCCAAAUGUAAUGGAUCCACCAGGGGCUCCAGUGGCCAGACCUCCAGGCAGAGGAGCCCGUGCCAAUGCGGACUACUUUGAGGCGUUCACCAUGAUUGAUGGCCAGGCUCCAGGAAGUCCUGCUGUGAUCGCACAGGGACAGGUGGAACAAGAGGUCGUCACUGGGAGCCAAGACACAGAGAGUUAUGUGCACUCUAAAGACGACACCACCACCACAACAACAACAGUAGCAGCAGCAUCAACAACCUUCGUGGAUAAUGAAUCAGACACAAUCAGUCUUGAGGAAAUCACCAGUGAGCUCCUAGAUGAAGUCUUCUACGGUGGUACAGACAACUACAUGAAAAGUCUAGACAGAGAGGACGGAGUGGCUGAAGGUGCGCCCUCUAGGCUGCCUUCAAAAACGAGUGGUUCGACUUUGUUUGGAAGCCAAGAGGACAUCCUGACUCCAAUCUUUCUACCAGAAGGACCUGCCAAAAUUAUAGACCCCAUUUUGCUGGAGGAGCCCAAAGCCAUGGCUUUCCUUUACACGGACCUGUAUGAGGAAUCAAUCGGCAGUCGGAAAAAAGAAGAGGACACAGAAAGUAUGACCUCUGAGAAGUCCUUCCACAGCAGAUGA